CACCCGUCACGAACAUACAUUGAAAGCCCGAAGCCCUCCUUUGUCUUGUUUCUUUUCUAGCCUCUUCCCCAAAGCAGAGAUCGGCCAACCCUAAUUCGAAGAUUAUCGUUUAGGCCAACGGGUUCCAUAAAGAAUCUAGACCUGAUAUUGAUUGAAUGUUCUAAUGGAGUCCAAUCGAGGGAAAAAGUCUAGUAGUAAAUCGUCCUUAUUUUACGAAGCUCCCCUCGGCUACAGCAUUGAAGACGUUCGACCAAACGGUGGCAUCAAGAAGUUCAGAUCUGCUGCUUACUCCAACUGCGCUCGCAAACCAUCCUGAUAUACCCUAAUCUGAUAUUCCUUUCACGUCUAUUGGACGUGCUCUUGUCUGCUUUCUUUUACAAUUCUUUUCCUUUUAGCUGUCUUAAAAACCCGCUCCUUUUCCUUCUUUCUUUUACUGCUUCCUUGUUCGCUUUCCCUGCCGUUCCCUAAACCGUUUUCUCUGAGUCCCUAAACAUGACAAUGGAAAUGGAAAUGCCAGUGUCUGCUAUUGGCUUUGAAGGUUAUGAAAAGAGGCUUGAGAUUGUUUUUGCCCAACCUGAAUCCAUCAUUGAUCCUCAUGGAAGGGGCCUUCGUGCCCUUUCCAGAGCCCAAUUGGAUGAGUUUCUUGGCCCAGCUGAGUGCACCAUUGUUUCUUCUCUGUCGAAUGAGUUCUUGGACUCUUAUGUCCUCUCUGAAUCAAGCCUCUUUGUCUAUCCUUACAAGAUCAUCAUCAAAACUUGUGGAACCACAAAAUUGCUUCGCUCUAUCCCACCUAUCCUGAAACUGGCAGGGUCUGUUUCUCUGAAUGUACAAGCUGUUAGGUACACCCGUGGGAGCUUCAUUUUCCCAGGAGCCCAGUCGUUUCCUCACCGGAGCUUCUCUGAAGAAGUUGCUGUUCUCGAUAGCCAUUUUGGAUACCUUGGAAGCAAAGCAACCGUCUUGGGCGGCUCUGAUUCUCCACAACAGUGGCAUGUUUAUACUGCUUCAGCUGUUUCUGCUAUGCAAUUAGAGAGCCCUGUUUACACCCUUGAAAUGUGCAUGACUGGAUUGGAUCAGGAUAAGGCUAGGGUGUUUUACAAGAAUGAUUCGAGUUCCGCUGCUUUUAUGACCCACAACUCCGGAAUAAGGAAGAUCCUUCCUGAAUCAGACAUUUGUGACUUUGAAUUUGAUCCAUGUGGCUAUUCCAUGAAUUCUAUUGAAGCCGAUGCCAUAUCCACUAUUCAUGUUACACCAGAAGAUGGAUUCAGUUAUGCGAGCUUUGAAGCUGCUGGGUAUGAUCUGGAAGAUGUUAAACUGUCAAUGAUGAUUGAGAGGGUGCUUACCUGUUUUGAACCGAGUGAGUUCUCUGUUGCGGUUCAUGCUGAUGUUAUGGGAAAACUGCUUGAGCAAAUUUGCUCAUUAGAUGUGAAAGGUUACUACCUUUGUGAGAAGGGAAAUGAAGAGUUUGGAAUGGCUGGUUCUGUUGUCUACCAGAAGUUUGUGAGGGCCCACACCUGUGGUUCGCCAAAAUCUGUUCUUGAAAGCUCUUGGAAGCAGGCAGAGAAAGAAGAGGAGGAGUUUUACUGCUGAGGGUUUGUUGUUUGUUUUAAUUAUGUGUUCUGCAGUGUUACAAGACUAUUAUGUCCCUUAGUUAAUUAAUGUCUUGUUCUUGUUACGUCAGGUGAAUAAUGUCCACCCCAAACUAGUUUGGACGUUUGGACUUGAAUGUUGUUGUCGUGUUGGUACUCUGUUUUUAAUAUAUGUGUGUUCUACUCCACUCUUUUUUGCCUAUUUGUAUCUUUUCCAUUGAUGCUUCCUUCUCUGAAAAAUGAUCGUAGAUGGUGGACCUUUCAGUCCUCUAACGAAUUAUAUAAAAAUCUAAAAUGAAG